GCCCCUGCCUGCCAAUUUCCUGGCCCUGAGAGGGGCGACCCCCCCAAACUUCCUAAAACCAGACUCUCGGAGUCCCCCUCUCCAACGGCUGCGCUGCCCGGACCGACCCAGGUGUCCCCGCCCCGCCCCUACGGGGGCCGCGGCCGUUUGGGGCAGAGCGGCAGCCACACGGAGCAAGUUUGAGUCCUGAGAGUUGCCAUAGUUGGGGGAGGAGCCAGGGAGCGGACUUGAAAUCCAGCAGGUGGAAACUGACCGCUGUCCCCGGCCUCGGGUACCCAUGGACGGCCUCCUGCUGGGAGCCGGGAUGCUCCUGGGCUCCUACGUCCUCGUCUACUACAACUUCAUCAAAGCCAUGCCUUGUACGAGCCCCAUCAACCUAAAGGGAAAGACGGCCGUGGUCACAGGUGGCAACACGGGCAUCGGGAAGAUGACGGCCCUGGAGCUAGCCCAGCGCGGGGCCCGAGUGGUGUUAGCCUGCCGAAGCAAGGAGAAGGGGGAGGCUGCCGUCUAUGACAUCCGAAAGGAGAGUGGCAACAAUGAGGUCAUCUUCAUGAUGCUGGAUCUGUCCAGCCUAACUUCUGUCCGUUCCUUUGCGACUGCCUUCCUGAGCUCAGAGCCAAGACUGGACUUCCUCUUUCACAAUGCAGGGAUCAGUUCCUGUGGCAAAGUUAAGGAAACCUUUAAUCUAAUCCUACGGGUAAACCACGUGGGGCCUUUCCUGUUGACCCAUCUGCUGCUUCCCCGGCUGAAGGCUAGUGCUCCAAGCCGUGUGGUGGUGAUGGCAUCAGCAGCCCACCGCCGUGGGCGUCUGGAUUUCUCCCGUCUGGAUCGCCCAGUCUAUGGCUGGCAGCAAGAGUUACGGGCAUAUGCAGACAGCAAGUUGGCUAAUGUGCUGUUCAUUCGAGAACUUGCCACCCAGCUUGAGGGCACUGGAGUCACCUGCUAUGCUGCCCAUCCAGGUCCUGUAAACUCGGAUUUGUUUCUCCGCCAUGUUCCAGGCUGGCUGCAUAUGUUGUUAUCUCCCCUGGCCUGGCUGGUGCUGAGGACUCCAAGAGGGGGAGCACAGACACCCCUCCACUGUGCCCUACAGGAAGGCAUAGAGCCCUUUAGUGGUCGAUAUUUUGCCAACUGCCAUGUGGAAGAGGUUCCCGCCUCGGCCCGUGAUGACCGAGCUGCCCGUCGGCUAUGGGAGGCCAGCGAAAAAUUGGCCGGACUGACUAAGGAGGAAACACAGAACACUAGCCCACAGCCAGGGUCUCCACGUAGCCCCUCUGCCCAUGUCGCCACAGCCCCAGCACUCUCUAGGUUCAGAAAUCUCUAGAUUCCAUUGCCUCCAGAGGGGCAGAGCACAUCGUGUUUGUGUACAGCUGUCUUGGGGGGCUAGGGCCAGAAUCAUUGAGCUACUCUGAGUGCCUUCUAGGCCUACAGCAGCAGCGACAAACUGCUGAAAAGCCAAAGGUAAUACUGAGGCCCUUCUGUGGGGGAGUACUCCCUCCGACCUCCUCUCUGAGCCUUGGUUCCCUGGUCUGUAGAAGAAAGCAGGUUGGAUGAGGUGAUCUCAGCAGCCCCAUCCAGAUGUAAAUCUGGGGACACACACGUACACUCACACUCUCACAUGCAGACUUAUACACACACACAGUGUCCAGCCUAAAAACGAUUCCCAUUGCUGGGCUGGCCCCCUCACCCCAUGCCCACCCCCACGCCACCUGUCUCCAGGCCUUUCUCAAUCUCCUCAGAGCCUGGGCUCUACUUUUUGUUAAUGGGCAGAUUAUUGGGGGAGGAUGCCAGAAAGGAGAGGGUGGCCUUAGGUGUUUAUCACACUUCAGGGCCUUGGGAAGAGGCUGGAUGGAGGAUCAGCCCCCUGGGGUGGAUGAAGGAGAGCUGAUCACUGUCUCUGGCUUUGGGGAGAGGUGACAGGACGUUUCACUUCCCCCCAAGGCCCCUAGGGAUGGAAGUGAUCUUUGUCCCCCGGGGGCUGGGGGAUGGACGUGACCGUCGCUGUCCUCCUGGGGGAGGUGACAGGAGGUGACCAUGGUCCCCUGGAGGCGAUGUUCAUGUCUGCCCUCCCCUGGGACAGGAGAGCUGGGAAGGUGGAGGGUGGGAUUAGCUGCGCCUGGUACCCAUUGGGCCCGCGGUGACCUUUGCCAGAGAGGAGGGGGCGGGGAGAAGAAGGGUGUCUGUUUUUGCGGGACCAAUAAAGGCUGGAUGUCCA